UUUGGAAGAUGUCACUGAACAACUCUUCCAACGUAUUUCUGGAUUCAGUGCCCAGUAAUACCAAUCGCUUUCAAGUUAAUGUCAUACCCGAGAGCCAUGAGAGCAGUGCAGCAGCGGCUAACAACACCGACCCUCCACAUUAUGAGGAAACUUCUUUUGGGGAUGAAGCUCAGAACAGAUUCAGAGUCAGCUUUAGGCCUGGGAAACAGGACUGCUAUGACAAUUUCCUCCAAAAUGGAGAAACUGCUAAAACAGAUGCCAGUUUUCAUGCUUAUGAUUCUCACACAAACACAUACUACCUACAAACCUUUGGCCACAACACCAUGGAUGCUGUUCCGAAAAUCGAGUACUAUCGCAACACCGGCAGCGUCAGUGGGCCCAAGAUCAACCGACCCAGCCUGCUUGAGAUUCACGAGCAACUUGCAAAGAAUGUGGCAGUGACCCCUGGUUCAGCUGACAGGGUUGCUAAUGGUGAUGGGAUGACUGGAGAUGAACAAGCUGAAAACAAAGAAGAAGAUCAAUCCGGUGCUGUGAAGUUUGGAUGGGUGAAAGGUGUGCUGGUAAGAUGCAUGCUGAAUAUCUGGGGUGUCAUGCUCUUCAUUCGCCUCUCCUGGAUUGUUGGAGAAGCUGGAAUUGGUCUUGGAGUUCUCAUAAUUCUUCUUUCCACCAUGGUAACUUCUAUUACUGGGUUGUCAACUUCCGCAAUAGCAACUAACGGGUUUGUUCGUGGAGGUGGGGCCUACUAUCUUAUUUCCAGAAGCUUAGGGCCUGAGUUUGGUGGGUCUAUAGGCUUGAUCUUUGCUUUUGCCAAUGCGGUGGCUGUUGCUAUGUAUGUGGUGGGAUUUGCUGAGACUGUGGUCGACCUUCUUAAGGAGAGUGAUUCAAUGAUGGUGGAUCCAACCAAUGAUAUCCGGAUAAUAGGCUCCAUUACAGUGGUGAUUCUUUUAGGAAUUUCAGUAGCUGGAAUGGAAUGGGAAGCAAAGGCUCAAGUGAUCCUUCUAGUCAUUCUUCUUAUUGCUAUAGCAAACUUCUUCAUUGGAACUGUCAUUCCAUCCAACAAUGAGAAGAAGUCCAGAGGUUUCUUUAACUACCAAGCAUCAAUAUUUGCAGAAAACUUUGGGCCAAGCUUCACAAAAGGUGAAGGCUUCUUCUCUGUCUUUGCCAUUUUCUUCCCGGCAGCUACUGGGAUUCUCGCAGGUGCCAAUAUCUCAGGAGACUUGGAGGAUCCCCAAGAUGCCAUCCCUAGAGGAACCAUGCUGGCCAUUUUCAUCACCACCGUUGCCUACAUAGGAGUUGCUAUUUGUGUAGGGGCCUGUGUGGUCCGAGAUGCCACUGGGAACAUGAACGACACCAUCAUUUCUGGGAUGAACUGCAAUGGUUCAGCAGCCUGUGGGUUGGGCUAUGACUUCUCAAGAUGUCAACACGAACCAUGUCAAUAUGGGCUGAUGAACAACUUCCAGGUCAUGAGCAUGGUGUCAGGAUUUGGCCCCCUCAUCACGGCUGGCAUCUUUUCUGCCACUCUCUCCUCGGCCCUGGCCUCGCUCGUCAGCGCUCCCAAAGUGUUCCAGGCUCUGUGCAAGGACAAUAUCUACAAAGCCCUGCAGUUCUUCGCAAAAGGAUAUGGGAAAAACAAUGAACCGCUGAGAGGAUACGUUCUCACUUUUGUUAUAGCCAUGGCCUUCAUUCUUAUUGCGGAGCUGAACACCAUUGCUCCCAUCAUCUCCAACUUUUUCUUGGCCUCAUACGCACUUAUUAAUUUCUCCUGCUUCCAUGCCUCUUAUGCCAAAUCUCCAGGAUGGAGACCUGCAUAUGGAAUUUACAACAUGUGGGUAUCUCUUUUUGGAGCUGUUCUGUGCUGUGCAGUCAUGUUUGUCAUCAACUGGUGGGCAGCUGUCAUCACCUAUGUCAUUGAGUUCUUCCUCUAUAUCUAUGUGACCUAUAAGAAGCCAGAUGUGAACUGGGGCUCCUCCACACAGGCUCUUUCCUAUGUGAGCGCUUUAGACAAUGCUCUGGAAUUAACCACAGUGGAAGACCAUGUGAAAAAUUUCAGGCCCCAGUGCAUUGUCUUAACAGGGGGACCCAUGACAAGACCUGCUCUCUUGGACAUAAGUCACGCCUUUACCAAGAACAGUGGCCUUUGCAUCUGCUGUGAAGUCUUUGUGGGACCGCGCAAGCUGUGUGUUAAAGAGAUGAACAGUGGCAUGGCGAAAAAGCAGGCCUGGCUUAUAAAGAACAAAAUCAAGGCUUUUUAUGCUGCAGUGGCGGCAGAUUGUUUCAGGGAUGGUGUCCGGAGUCUCCUUCAGGCCUCGGGCUUAGGAAGAAUGAAACCAAACACUCUGGUGAUUGGAUAUAAGAAAAACUGGAGAAAAGCUCCCUUGACAGAGAUUGAAAACUAUGUGGGAAUCAUACAUGAUGCAUUUGAUUUCGAGAUUGGUGUGGUCAUCGUCAGAAUCAGCCAAGGGUUUGACAUUUCUCAAGUUCUUCAGGUGCAAGAGGAAUUAGAGAAAUUAGAACAGGAGAGGCUGGCUCUAGAAGCUACUAUCAAAGACAAUGACUGUGAAGAAGGAAAUGGAGGCAUCCGAGGCUUGUUUAAAAAAGCUGGCAAGUUGAACAUUACUAAGCCCACUGCUAAAAAAGACAGCAGCAUUAACACAAUCCAGUCCAUGCACGUGGGGGAGUUCAACCAGAAACUGGUGGAAGCCAGCACCCAAUUUAAAAAGAAGCAAGGAAAAGGCACAAUUGAUGUUUGGUGGUUAUUUGAUGAUGGAGGUUUAACACUCCUUAUCCCCUAUAUCUUGACUCUCAGAAAAAAAUGGAAAGACUGUAAGUUAAGAAUCUAUGUUGGAGGGAAGAUAAACCGCAUUGAAGAAGAAAAAAUUGCAAUAGCUUCCCUUCUGAGCAAAUUUAGGAUAAAAUUUGCAGACAUCCAUAUCAUUGGUGACAUCAACAUUAAGCCAAACAAAGAAAGCUGGAAAGUCUUUGAAGAGAUGAUAGAACCAUAUUGUCUCCAUGAAAGCUGCAAAGACUCAAUAACUGCUGAGAAAUUAAAGAGAGAAAAUCCGUGGAAAAUUACAGAUGCAGAACUGGAAGCAGUCAAGGAAAAGAGUUACCGGCAAGUUCGGCUGAAUGAACUCUUACAGGAGCACUCAAGAGCUGCUAGUCUCAUAGUCCUGAGCCUUCCAGUGGCAAGAAAAGGAUCGAUAUCAGAUUGGUUGUACAUGGCUUGGUUGGAAAUCCUCACAAAGAACCUCCCUCCUGUCUUACUAGUUAGAGGAAAUCACAAAAAUGUCCUGACAUUUUACUCUUAAAACAUGAAAAAUUAGAACACAUUUUAGCUUAGCGUGUGGAUAAUUAAGAAACGUUCCAAUACUUUAUGUUGUAAAUCCGAUUAUGGUUAUGCGAACCUCUGGAGACUAUCCUACAGCAUUCUAUAUAAACUUUGCCACUUAUUUUUUAUUAGUUAAUGGGAGCUGGGUUUUUUUCUAUCAGCUUAAGGGGGAUUUCAAAGCCAAUGCUACUCCUAGAAAAACAUCUUUAUCAUUGCUGUUGAUAAACAAGAAAAUUAAGCAACCCCAUGCUGGUUUAUGCUCAUGAAAACCACCAACUUGAUUAUAAGCUUCUCCAGGCAACCCUAAUCUUUUGUUUGCUUCUAGGCCCUGUUGAGACCUCAGGCCCCACAGCAGGUUCUUAUUAAAUGCCUAUUGACAGGCUGUAGAGUAACAUGGGUGGUUAUCAAAGGAAAAGACCAGCUGGGCAGGAAACAUGAUUAUACUUGCCCUUCUGAGAGGCUUAUACCUACAAAGAAGAUUUGAAAAUCAAUAACUGAAAACUUUCAGAAGUACUUGAGUCUACAAAAUGUUUAAAGCAGUUACCUACAUAAAGUUAUUUAAUGUAACACAGAUUAUAUACUUAGAGUGAUCUGAGCGAUCAUUGAUAACAUAACGGCUUCACUUUGCUGCUGACUAAAAAGUAUAUUAGCCGGAUUAGAAGACAGCACAUAUUUUAAUCAAAUGAAAUAUAUUCCAUUCAUGAUAUAAACUUUAACUUUCUCCCUAUUAAGUAUUUUGAAAUUUCCAUCAUAGUAUUACUUUACAUAUUUUUUUAAUUAAGUGGUCUGCACAGAUGAAAUCUUCAUAGAUGUUUAGUAAUUGAAAACCAACUACCACAAAUUUUCAAACCGUCAUAAAGAAAUAUAUCCUGAAUCAUAUAUUUAGUUACUUUACAUAGUGAUUGUAUGAAUUUAAAAGAAUAACUAAAAUGUGAAGUGGAAAAGCUUGCAAAAUUUGGAAUAUACGAGUAUUGAUUUUAUUCAUUUUUGUUAGUAGUCCUAUAAUACUUAAUCACAUUGAAAAACCAAAAAAAUUUUAUUUUCUGAUGAAUGCCUUGAUUUUUCUUCCUGACGUGUUUUGACUGUUUAUUCUAACGGAUAAGAUGUAAGGGAAACAAUGAACCUGAA